UUUCACAACUACAAUUAAAUACAUUUAUUGAGCAAGUCAAUCAACAUGGGUGAUAAGAAAGAAGACACUUCCACUGCAAUCCUUAACCAGAAGCCAAGAGCCAACAGACUUCUCGUGGAAGAUGCUAUUAACAAUGAUAAUUCAGUCGUCACGCUUUCCCAAGCAAAGAUGGAUGAGCUGCAGUUGUUCAGAGGUGACACGGUACUGUUGAAAGGAAAGAAACGUAAAGAUACUGUCUGUAUCGUCUUGUCAGAUGAAACCUGCCCCGAUGAGAAGAUCAGAAUGAACAAGGUGGUUAGGAACAACCUGCGAGUAAGGUUAGGAGAUGUUGUCAGUAUCUCCGCUUGCCCAGAUGUAAAGUACGGCUCUAGGAUUCACGUUCUUCCUAUUGAUGAUACCAUUGAAGGACUAACCGGUAACCUGUUCGACGCAUAUCUCAAGCCACAUUUCCUGGAAGCUUACCGACCAGUACGAAAGGGAGAUCUGUUCUUAGUGCGUGGAGGAAUGCGAGCAGUUGAAUUCAAGGUUGUAGAGACAGACCCAUCUCCGUACUGUAUUGUUGCCCCUGACACUGUGAUUCAUUGUGAGGGAGAUCCCAUCAAGAGGGAGGAAGAGGAGGACAAACUCGCUGAGAUUGGAUACGACGAUAUCGGAGGGUGCAGGAAGCAGCUAGCUCAAAUCAAGGAGAUGGUUGAGCUUCCCCUCAGACAUCCCCAACUCUUCAAGGCCAUCGGAGUCAAACCUCCUCGUGGUAUUCUCAUGUACGGACCUCCUGGAGCCGGUAAAACACUGAUCGCAAGAGCGGUGGCUAACGAAACUGGAGCCUUUUUCUUCCUGAUUAACGGACCUGAGAUUAUGAGCAAACUGGCUGGAGAGAGUGAGAGUAACCUUCGUAAAGCUUUCGAGGAAGCUGAGAAGAAUGCUCCUUCUAUCAUCUUUAUUGACGAGAUCGAUUCUAUUGCUCCCAAGAGAGAGAAGACUAAUGGAGAGGUUGAGAGACGUAUCAUUUCACAACUGUUAACCCUGAUGGACGGUAUGAAGAAGCGAGCUCACGUUGUCGUCAUGGCAGCCACAAACCGACCCAACAGCAUCGACCCUGCCCUUCGAAGAUUCGGUCGAUUCGAUCGGGAGAUCGAUAUUGGAAUCCCAGAUGUUAUUGGACGUUUGGAGAUCUUGAGAAUUCACACCAAGAACAUGAAACUCGACGAUGACGUAGAUCUGGAGGUAGUAGCAAAGGACACUCACGGUCACGUGGGAGCUGAUCUGGCUUCCCUCACCUCAGAAGCAGCUCUCCAACAAAUCCGUGAGAAGAUGCAGCUUAUUGAUCUGGAGGAUGAUACCAUUGAUGUGGAGGUUCUUAACUCCCUGGCUGUUACCAUGGAGAACUUCAGGUACGCAAUGGGACAGAGCAACCCCAGUGCUUUGAGAGAGACAGUAGUGGAGACGCCCACUGUAACUUGGGGCGAUAUCGGUGGUCUGGCUGGAGUCAAGAGGGAACUCCAGGAACUUGUACAGUAUCCAGUGGAACAUCCAGAGAAAUACCUCAAAUUCGGAAUGCAGCCAUCAAAAGGUGUCCUGUUCUACGGUCCUCCUGGAUGUGGUAAAACUCUUCUCGCCAAGGCUAUUGCAAACGAAUGUCAAGCUAACUUUAUCUCGAUCAAAGGACCAGAAAUGUUGACCAUGUGGUUCGGAGAAUCAGAAGCCAAUAUCAGAGAAGUGUUCGACAAAGCCAGACAAGCUUCACCCUGUGUACUCUUCUUCGAUGAGUUGGAUUCUAUCGCCAAGUCAAGAGGAGGCGGUGCUGGUGAUGCCGGUGGUGCCGCGGACCGAGUUAUCAACCAGAUUCUUACUGAAAUGGACGGUAUGGGAGCUAAGAAGAACGUCUUCAUCAUUGGAGCAACCAACAGACCCGAUAUCAUUGACGGUGCCAUCAUGAGACCCGGACGUCUUGAUCAGCUCAUCUACAUUCCUCUGCCUGAUGAGGAAUCUAGGAUCUCCAUCCUGAAAGCCAACCUCCGAAAAUCACCCAUCGCCGGGGAUGUUGACCUCUACCACAUUGCCAAAGUAACCAAGGGAUUCAGUGGUGCUGACUUGACGGAAAUUUGCCAGAGAGCCUGUAAGCUUGCAAUCCGAGAGGCCAUCGAGAAGGACAUUAUACAAGAGAAGAGACGUGCAGAGAACCCCGACAUGGACGAAGAAAUGGAGGACCCUGUCCCAGAGAUUACCAGGUCUCACUUCACCGAAUCCAUGAGGUUCGCCAGAAAGUCGGUUGCUGACGCUGACAUCAGGAAAUACGAGAUGUUCUCACAGACUCUUCAGCAGAGCAGAGGAUUUGGCCAAAACUAUCAGAUGCCCGCCGCUGGAGGUGACUCAUCGGCAACCCCAGCUCCCGCCGACGAGGAGGAGGACGAUUUGUACAGCUAGACCCGCUGUGGCAAUCACCCGCUGUCCUUCUAAUACACUGGUUGUCUGGACAACUAGCCUCAACAAAACUUUGUCGGGUGUUUGAUUCCCAGAACGCAUUUUAUUAUGCCCUCCCAUUAUUGUAUAUUUAGUUAUUUAAUUUUUUUCUUUCGUGCAGCCAAAAUUUGCUUGACCAUGCACCUGAUAUGAUAAGAAAAAUUGAUGAUGGUAUUUGAUGGGCUGGUCUCAAUCUUUAGAUCUGGGGUUCAAUAGAUUGUUGGUUUAUUUGUGGUUUAAAAUUUAUCCUAAGAUAACGUUAAAUAAUAUUGAUAUACAAAUUGUACAUGGAUGGUUAUUUGCAAAAUGUGAAUAGACGGGCCAAUAAUUUUGCCGUUUUGGGCAGGAAAAAGGCUUGCAUUUAUGUGAUUUCAUCUCGGUUGUUUUCUAAAGUGAGAUUGUAUUGUUUUUGCAAUCACGUUUCGCACAAAUAAAA